CUGACUUGCCGGCUGCUGGUCUUCCUGUUCCUGGUGUACGUUCUCAUCGUUGGUGGUUGGCUUGAGGACUUUUUAACAUGGACCUGGGCUGACGCGCUCCACGCUGUGAGACAUGAGGAGGGUCACUGGAGAAUCACUACUUAGCUGCAGCAGCUCUGUCCUCCUGAAGACAUCUGGGGCAUGAAACCAGAUCACGUUCAUCUUUCAUUCAUCACUUCCUCCUCCAUCUCCCUCUACCACACCUCAGUAGGGACCUCUCACUUCAGCUCCACCGCAUUGAUGAGGUAACGUCACGCUCCACUCAACGCAGCACCCACCUGCACAAACGCCACCCUUCCCGUCACCCCUUCCCUCCUUCUGCCACCCGUUCCAUCACAGCCAUGGGCCAGAAGAUCUCUGGAGGUAUCAAAUCUGUGGACGGCCGCGGCGAAAGCGGCGGUUCCCCGUCCUACCGGCCGUCAGCUCAUCGCAGGCAGCACCCAGAGUUGAGGGGCCCAGAUUUCUCCAAGCCUCCCAGGCUGGAUCUCCUUCUGGACAUGCCUUGCGCCAGUGUGGAGACGCAAUUUCGUCACGCGUGGAAUCCAGACGAUCGUUCUUUGAACAUUUUCAUCAAAGAGGAGGAUAAGUUGACAUUUCACCGCCACCCGGUCGCUCAGAGCACGGACUGCAUCCGAGGGCGCAUCGGCUACACGAGGGGUCUCCACGUCUGGAGGAUUCACUGGCCCUCCAGGCAGCGUGGAACCCAUGCUGUCGUCGGGGUGGCCACCUCUGAAGCGCCCUUACAUUCUGUAGGGUACACUGCCUUGGUGGGGUCAGACUGCGAGUCCUGGGGCUGGGAUCUGGGACGUAACCGCCUUUAUCAUGAUAGCAAAAACCGAGCGCACAGCUCGCUGCCAUCUUACCCUUCUUUCCUGGAGCCGGAGGAGUCGUUUACCCUGCCGGACUCUCUGCUGGUCAUUCUGGACAUGGACGAAGGAACGCUGAGCUUCAUGGUGGAAGGACAGUAUUUAGGAGUGGCGUUUCGAGGCUUGAAGGGAAAGAAGCUGCACCCCAUUGUCAGCGCCGUGUGGGGACAUUGUGAGAUAUCCAUGAAGUACAUCAAUGGACUUGAUCCCGAGCCUCUUCCUCUGAUGGACCUGUGUCGGCGUGCAGCCCGCCUAGCAUUGGGUCGGGAUCGCCUUCAGGAGAUCGAAAGCCUCCCUCUGCCCCAGUCCCUCAAGAAUUACCUCCAGUACCAGUGACUGACACCAGCAGAGCCUACUGGCACUACAAGGACACACACAGCCAAGCAGCAGGCAGGCAAACAGCGAGCGCAUGCAAGAAGCGCUUGAAGGAAACGAGGAGAAGAAGGAUGGUCCCGAGUGUGAAUGCUACUGGUGGAUUCACUCACACACGGGGUCCGGUCUCUCUGAGAACAGCAGCACCAGCUUCUCACGGUUCUGGAGCUACUUUUAUUUUUCCUGUAUGGGACUUGGAAUUAAAUUAUUGACAGGGCAUGGUGGAUACGGGCGACGAUCGCCAUCUAGUGCUGAGAAUAGAAACUGUGUGGAGAAAGCACACUAAUCCUUACCCUGGAGGCCUUUAUGAUGAGAUAAGAGUCAGUGAGCACUGACACAGGUGACGGAGGAUUGGAGCACAAAUGUUUUUUUUCUCGCCCACCAGGUCUUCAACCUGUCGCUUGCAUCUGCACUGAAGCCCUUUACAGACAUGUUACAGUCCUGCUUUCAUUCGGCAAAUGCACCUUUAACACAGAAAGGAAAAAAAACAUGCAUUUUUAACUCUUAUUAACUUAUUUGACAUAAUGUAUUAGUUAUUUUUAGUUAAAAGAAUUGCACAAACCUUAACAAUUGUUUUCUUACAGUGAAAGUAUUAAAUGGAUGGAUUACUAUUGGGGUAUUUAUAUUUCAUAAAUAGAAAUGUAAUGAUAAAUACUAAAAGGUAGUUUUUCACCAGAAUUAAUACAGAUUUUUUUAAAUCAAUAAAAAAAGGUUGUAAUAUCAUAAAAAUAAUAUUAUAAGAAAUAAAGCCUAAUAUAGUACUAUGUCAGUAAAUUACUUUUUUAUUGAGGUAGUUUGACCUUUUCUUUAAAAGAAAAUACCACUUUUUUCUGUUAACAUUACUUUAUCCUCAGAAAAUCACAACUUUUUCUCAGAUUUUUUUCCCCAUUUUUAUAUCACCGCAAAAACUAUUUCAGACAUUAUGACUUUAUUCGCAUAAAAUUGCAACAAUUAAAAAAUAAUAUUUUUUUGGGUUAAUAUUUUAAAUCUCCCCCCCCCUUUUUUUCCUUAUUUUUAACUCUCACAAUAUUACUUUUAAAAGUGUUUCCUUAAUAAUAAAUGUUUUAAUAAUCAUUUUUAACAGUACUGUUACGGCUUUAUGCUCAUUAGGUUAUACCCUGUAUCUCAAGAAGACUUUUUUCGAGUGAUAUUGCAACCUUUUUAUUGUAAGAUUGCAGCAUUUUUGCAGAAAAAAAGGAAAAAAGUUGGAAUUUUUUCAAUUUAUUUCUAAAAUGUACGCUGUUCCCUCAUUUAUCACGUGACAUAGGUUCCCAAAAUAUCCCGCAAUAAAUAAAAUCCACGAUAAUUACCUUCUACGUAAUACGCCUCAUGUUCAUUCAACCAUGAUGGUAAUAUUACAACUUUUUCUUGAAAUAAAGGACAUUAGUUUUAUUGUAUCUUAGUACCGCAGUCUUUCAUGCAUUACAGUGAGCACAUGUUAAAUAGUCAUGCUUAAACCAGCUACAUGUCUGAAAGGGGCUUCAAUAAAAGCAAAAAAAAUAUCCUCUAUUUUGUCUUAAGUUGCACUGGACAAGACACUAAAUGUAUUGUGAUGUCAGUCAUGACCAAAGUAUUCCAUGCUAAGAAGCCAUGUGGAGAUAAACACACAAACACAGUAUGCAUCCACAGUGUAGACAGUACGAUUCUAGAAUGUGUACUCUAGGUGGGGUGUAGUACUAGCACGUUAGUAAUGGCAGCUGCUGUAGUUGAAGUACCAGACUGGAUCUGAUUUCACCACACAAACAAUACAACAAUACAACACUAUUCCACAUCUAUGAUUGAUUUAGACAGGAGCGUCAUGUACAAACAUGACCACUUGUGUCGUAGGCAUAUAUGAAAUGCACACACACACACACACACACACACACACACACACACACACACACACACACACGCACACACACACACUGUAGACCAAUUAUGCUUCAUUUCUGAAAAAAGGCUUGAGUCACUUUUAGUUUUUUACAUCUGAGUUUGUAUUCUUCUUCAUAUGAUUGUGUGUGUUGAGUCCGAUUCUGAUGACAUUAGUUCUGUUUUUUGUUUUUUUUUCCCGAACCUAAUCAUUGAUGUUACAUUCAGGUAAAUUUAUUACAAAGAUGCUGGUGAUGAAGGGAGGAAAAUGUCAGGAUGUUUCUUCAAUGCUGCUUUUAUUAAUGUUAUUCUAAUUAUUAUUAUUAUUAUUCCAGGUGAGAGCGGUAGCCUGACUUUGUGUUUCCUUCAGGACCGUUGUAGAAUGUAUGGAGAUACGGUGCAGUUGUUAUCAGAUAUGAAAUGUGAAUAAAAGCAAAAGGUGGAUUUGAGGAAAUGUGUGUACUAGUGUUUCUUUCCGAAAUACAAUACUGCAAUACGUGCAAUACUGUCGCUGACACUGGAAGUCAAGGUGUCUAAACUUUUUCCAGCAAGGGACCACAUGAUAUGCUAAGGAGCUAUAUAUAUUUUAAGACAGGGGUCU